AUGAAGCAACAAGAGAAGACCGCGCGCGUUGGCCUGGAGAAGUUCUCCGGUCAGCAAGUUGAGUACACUAGUUGGAAGUACAAGCUACUCACGCACGUGGUGAGAUUAGACCUGGGUGUUGAGAACGAGCUCUUCGAGAAAGGUCUUCCUGAACCAAAUGUUGGCAUGAGGGACUUCCUGGAGUCAACACCACCACGUCUAUUGAAUGAGGACGUCAAGGCAGCUCCAGAGAAAGAGCGGAAAGCUAUGCGAAGAGAGAUCAUGGUGUGGCGAAAGGCCGCCAUGCGCCAUGUUCUCAACACGACUCUAACAAACGCGUUUAUGUUGUCCUUGCCAGAUGACGUUAGAUACUUGGAGGUGUGCGUGAUUUGGCAACACCUUAGGCGUAUUUUGGGCUCGGUAACGCUGCUGAAUCAAGCGCGAAAUGAGAUGAAUCGGAAGGCGAAGAAGGUCCUCGAAACGGAGAUGAUGAAGGAGACGAUGAUAUGCGUGCUAGUUUUGGAGCAACUUCCCUGUGAGAUUUGGGCAUCAUCGAUCGAGUUGACGAAGGAAUCGUUCAUGGCAGACAAGGUGGAGAUCACCCUGAAUAAUCUGUUCGUUGACAAGUCCAAGAAAGCGAUUGUCGGUCAGAAUGGACCGGUUUGGUGA